AUGCCAAUCUUAUUUAACGGGCGCGGAGCGGUGCCAAUCCUGCCACAAAGAGUUUUUGUAUUUGCCAAUGUUAUUGACCGUCAUGGAAUAAUGAUAAUUUGCAAAUGCUCCAAUGUGAGAUACCUCAAGUGGAAGUGGGCCGCCUACGUAGCACGAAUGUCAGAUGAAAUAUGGACGUAUUUUGCUAUUAUUUGUGGAGGUAUAACUGGCAAGAGAGCUAGUCCGUCCGAAGGAACGCUGGGUAGACGAGAU